AUGUAUCUUGUCUUCUUUCAUUUUGGUACUAUUUUACCCACAAUACCCGUCAUGUGUCGAAUAUGGUGGUUGAUUGAUUAUGGUUUUUAUUGUGGACAGAUUAUUCUCAUGUCGUGGUUAGCUAUCGAAAGACACAUUCUGAUCUUCUAUGAUCAAUGGAUCUCUAAUCGACGAGGUCGAUUCCUUUUUCAUUAUCUCCCAUUAUCAAUUCUCUUAUUAUAUAUUAUUCUUUUCUACACAAUUGUUAAUUUCUUUUUACCGUGUGAAAACGUAUAUAUUUACACCGUACCUGUGUGUGGAGCAUCUCCAUGCUAUCAAUCGUAUAGUAUUCUUGGAAUGUGGGAAUCCAUCGGUAAUAGCUGUGUUCCCAUUGUAUUCGAAGGUAUUUUCAGCAUCGCUCUAGUGAUUCGUGUUACUCGACAGAAGCGUCGACUUCGUCAAUCGAAUCGGUGGUCUAAACAACGACGAAUGAUCAUUCAAUUAACUUUCGUUUCUGCUCUAGAUGUCUCUCUCAACACUCCGAUUUUUCUCAUUCCACUUCUCCGUCGAUUUGGUUUACCAUCUGACUUCGGUAUUCAACCUGAACUUUAUUUCUUUUACUUUGGCUAUUUCGUUGUGUUUCUGUUUCCAUUUGCAUCUUUAUGUCAAUAUCCAGAUUUACGCAGAACGCUGAAACGGAAACUGUGCUUAGUAUGUGAACGAUCGCAUCGAAAAGUUCUGGUCGAACCUCUGGCGAUAGCUUUACCACAGGUCACAUAUCGCUAA